CAUGUACAAGCAGUUGGGUGCGUUUGGGAUAAACAGAGCAACCACCGCGGGUGAACAAGCAGGAUAGCUCAACCUCUCACAGGAGCCUGAUCCAGAGCAUGGCCGCUGCUUGGUGCCCCUCUUUCCCUACUCUCUGCGUGGUGGUAGUAGUAGUAGUGGUACUCAUCGGCGGCGGUGGCGCUGCGUCCGCCGCGGACGAAGAAGGCCUCAUCCACCUUCACUUCUACUUCCAUGAGGUCAACGCCGGCACGCCCAACGCCACCGUCCUCAACGUCGCCAGCCUGCACAAGAACUCGUCGACGUUCGGGGACCUGAACGUGUUCGACAACGCGCUGCGGGCGGGGCCGGACCGGGCGUCGCGGCUCGUGGGCAGGGCGCAGGGCCUGGCGCUCCACGCGUCGCUGGACAAGUCCGGCGGGCUCACGGCCAUCACCUUCUUCUUCUCCGACUACGGCGCGUACAGCGGCAGCACGCUGGCGACGCUGGGCCACAUCGGGGUGUCUGGCCCGGCGGAGCGGAGCAUCGUCGGCGGCACGGGCAAGCUUCGUUUCGCGCGCGGGUACAUGGUCAGCAGCCUCCUCAACUCCACGGACACCUCCAUCGUGGUCGUCUUCGACAUGUAUUUCACCCUGGCUCGCUGACUCGCACGCGCGCGGAACGAGUGUAGUACAAGGGUGUACAUUUCGAAGCAAAGCUGUUGGGGAGUUGCUGUCAUACAGUAUAUUUACCCAAGUAAUCAAUCCUGCCGGCUGAUACAUUACCAAUAAUCAAUCGGAACGACUAAAACUCAGUCGACUGAUUUCUUACGAAGUCUCAGUCGAUCCCUCGAUUGAUUUUCUUUAUGCUAGUUGCUUGUCACGUUUAAUCGGCCUGCUAGGAUGACGCGGCCGGCCAGCCUGUUUUUUUUGUCUGUUGGGUUGUGGAUGGAAAUAGACCAUGCAAAGUGCAAAGUGUGUCGUCAUGUUGUCCUAUCUUUCCCUAUAUCUUUUAGCAUGUCUUAAUCAAUAAACAUUUUUAUUUUCCUCCA